AUGGGUAACGCAGAGAGCAUGGAGAGCCAGCUGGCUGUGAUCCGGUCCAGAGCAGCUCCGGUUCGACUCCCGAUGCCCGACCCAGCUGAGCUGGAGGAGAGAUUCUCCAUCGCACUGAAUUCAAUGAACUUGCCUCCUGAUAAGGUGCGUUUGCUGCGUUCCUAUGACAACGAGAAGAAGUGGGAGCUGAUCUGUGAUCAGGAGAGGUUUCAGGUGAAGAACCCGCCACAUACCUACAUCCAGAAACUGAGAGGUUUCCUCGACCCGGCCGUCACACGCAAGAAAUUCAGGAGAAGAGUUCAGGAGUCGACUCAGACACUCAGAGAGCUCGAAAUUUCUCUUCGUACAAACCACAUCGGGUGGGUCAGAGAGUUCCUGAAUGAGGAGAAUCGAGGUCUGGACGUUCUGGUCGAGUAUCUUUCCUUCGCGCAGUAUGCCGUCACGUUUGAUGGAGAGCAGUCAGAGGCUGGAGGCGAGGUCUCGUCCAUCGACUCUCCCUGGAGUCGGUCCAUAGAGGAUCUCCAUGGCGACUGCAGCCUCCCCUCCCCAUCAUCCUCUGUCCCCCGAGCAGCUCGACACUCCAUCAGUUCGACUCUGGUGACUCGGUCCAACACGCUACCGAGUCGUCGAACUCUGAAGAACUCACGACUCGUCUGCAAGAAGGACGACGUUCAUGUUUGCAUCAUGUGUCUGAGAGCCAUCAUGAACUACCAGUACGGUUUCAACAUGGUGAUGUCUCAUCCUCACGCUGUCAACGAAAUCGCCCUCAGCCUCAACAACAGGAACCCCAGGACGAAGGCUCUGGUGUUGGAGUUGUUGGCGGCAGUGUGUUUGGUCAGAGGAGGACACGAAAUCAUCCUGUCGGCCUUUGACAACUUCAAAACUGUGUGUUCAGAGUCGAUGCGUUUUGAGAAGUUAAUGGAACAUUUUAAGAAUGAAGAUGACAACAUCGACUUUUUGGUGGCCUGUAUGCAGUUCAUUAACAUUGUGGUUCAUUCGGUGGAAGACAUGAACUUCAGAGUCCAUUUGCAGUAUGACUUCACCAAACUCAACCUGGAUGAACACCUGGAGAGGCUGAAGCACACAGAGAGUGACAGGCUGCAGGUUCAGAUUCAGGCAUAUCUCGACAACGUGUUCGAUGUUGGCACACUGCUGGAGGACGCUGAGACCAAAACUGCUGCUCUGGAGAGAGUCGAGGAGCUGGAGGAGAGCUUGAGCACGAUGUCAGAGCGUCUCUUGGAUGUGGAGAACGAAGCGAUGCUGAAGAUCGUUGAACUGGAGAAACAGCUGAUGCAAACCAACAAGGAGCUGGACAACCUCCGGGAGGUGUAUGCAAGUGCCAACACCCAGGUGCACACCUUGCGGCGGAUGGUUCGAGAGAAGGACCAGACGAUCCGGCGUCAGAGUCGUCUAGAGCGUCAGGCUCAGGAGGCCCAGCAGGCUGGAGGACCUGGAGCUCCUCAACCUCAGAGAGGGGAGGGGGAUGGGGGGGUGGCUGACUCUGCCUCCCCCUCACCUCCACCUUGUCCUAACCUAUCCCCCAGCCCUGAGACCGUAGCCUAUCACAGCAUGGGACCAGGGAUGGGUGGAGCUCCAGGCAUGCCGGCCCCACCCCCUCCGCCUCCUCCACCACCAAUGCCAGGCACAGUGUCCAACGGGCCAUACCCUGCACCUCCACCCCCUGCUCCUCCUCCACCUCCCCCACCCCCUCCCCCCUGUCGGACGAGUGAGCUGUCGACCCUCCCCCCCAUGGCACCCCCUCUUCCUGGGACAGGGGGGUCCCCUACAGUAAUCUUUAACUCCGGACUCGCAGCGGUGAAGAUAAAGAAGCCGAUCCAGACCAAGUUCAGGAUGCCGGUGUUGAACUGGGUCGCUCUGAAGCCAAGUCAGAUUAAUGGGACCGUCUUCAAUGACAUCGAUGACGAGGCCAUCCUGCAGGACCUGGACGUGGAGGAGUUUGAGGAGCUGUUUAAGACAAAGGCUCAGGGUCCAGCGGUGGACUUGACUCUGUCCAGACAGAAACUUCCUCAGAAAGCUCCAUCCAAAGUUUCCCUGCUAGAGGCCAACAGAGCCAAGAACCUGGCCAUCACCCUGAGGAAGGCCGGCCAGGGUUCAGAGGUCAUCUGCCGAGCCAUCCACAUCUUUGACCUGCGGACAGUCCGGGUUGACUUUGUGGAGUGUCUGAUGCGUUUCCUGCCGACGGAGGCUGAAGUGAAGCUGCUACGGCAAUAUGAAAGGGACAGAAAACCUUUGGAGGCCCUAAGCGACGAAGACCGAUUCAUGAUGCAGUUCAGUCGCAUCGAAAGACUCAGUCAGCGCAUGUCAAUCAUGACUUUCAUGGGCAACUUCACUGACAAUGUCCAGAUGUUAACUCCGCAACUCCACGCCAUCAUCGCUGCCUCAGUUUCUAUAAAAUCGUCUCAGAAGCUCAAGAAGAUCCUUGAGAUCAUCUUGGCUCUGGGAAACUACAUGAACAGCAGUAAGAGAGGAGCCGUCUAUGGAUUCAAACUGCAGAGUUUAGACCUGCUCCUGGAGACGAAGUCGACUGACAGGAAACAGACGUUACUUCAUUACAUCGCCAACGUGGUGAGAGAGAAAUAUCCUGCAGUGUCUCCCUUCUAUAACGAGCUUCACUACGUCGACAAGGCUGCUGCAGUGAGCCUGGAGAACGUGCUGUGUGAUGUGAAGGAGCUGCAGCGUGGCAUGGAACUCACCUGGAGAGAGUUCAGUGUUCAACACAACGCGACGCUCAAAGACUUCAUCAGCAGGAACGAAUCACGACUCAGCAAACUGCAGGAGGAUGCACGCAUCGCACAGGACGCGUUUGAAGAUGUGGUCAAGUUUUUCGGAGAGAGCUCUAAGACGAUGCCACCAUCCGUCUUCUUCCCCAUCUUUGUUCGCUUCAUUAAAGCAUACAGGCUGGCAGAGGAGGAGAACGAACAGAGGAGACGUCAGGAGCAGAUGUUGUUGGAGAAACUGGAACAAGAGGAGCAGCAAGAGGAGGAGGAGACAAAGUCUCCUUCCCACAGGGGGAAGCGGCAGCAGCAGGAGCUGAUCACAGAGCUGAGACGACGACAAGGAAAAGACAGCCGCCAUGUUUAUGAAGGGAAGGAUGGAGCUAUAGAGGACAUUAUCACAGCUCUAAAGACCGUCCCUUUCACGGCUCGAUCAGCCAAACGCAGUUCUCGUUUUUUCUGUGACCCCACCCACACCGAGGAGCACUACUGAGAAAGAGAGAAGGCCUGAGACCUUACAUCAGAGAGAGAGAGACCAUACGUUUUAAGUGACCAUGUCUGAGGACAAUGAUGCGUCUUCUUCAGCUGGCCAUGCCCACUUCUAAUCAAUGGGACCAAUUAGCACUUUGAACAUUUCUGAUCGAUCGAUAUGAACUGAUGACAUCGUGAUUUGUAUGUUAUUUUAUUGGUUUGUUUGUGCACGGACUGAUGCCCAGACACCACCUGACCUCUGACCUUUGGAUUUUUGUUUUCAUGUGUGCUGCAUGUACUUCGACCUGCAAGCUGUGUCACUUAAAUCCAUUAAAAAAUUUGGCAACUGAAAGUUUGUUGACUGGCAAAAGUCGCCAGCUGGAGGAGCAGCACACGAAAACAAACCUCCUCAGUUCUGAUCAACAUAUACACAACGACAACAGCAAGUGAAACACUCCAACCAAGUCACACCCUCUUCUUCAGCAGAACUCGAUGACAAUGGUCGAACACCACCUGACAAGGAAGAUCAUGUGGUACGACUGAAAGUCAGGCUACCUGGAACUGGUUCAAGGGUCAGGUAGUUCCAGAUUCCAGACAAUCUUGUCUACACAUGAUUAACCUCCACACUUAUAGAAAGGACGUGCGAGGAGAAAUGGGAUUUUAAAGUGUGCCACAAACUGACUGUGGGCUGUUAAAUGGUUUCUGUGGAGUGUGUGACCACAGGUGGCGCUGUAGAGCAGCAUUCUGAUCAGCUGGUGUUGUUGGAGAUGGACACAUAUGUAAUAAUGACUAAAAGAUUAAGACUGUAAGACUAAAAACUUUGAAGUUCUGCAUCAGAGCACCAACCAACACACUCUGUGUCUUGGUUCUGGGUCAGCAGGUCUGUAGUUGUUCUGGGUUCCUUUAGUCUGUGUCUUCAAGUGGUUCUUGUACAGGGUUCUACUGCUUUCACUACAUUGUGUUCUACUUUGUUCUACUGUAUCUACUAGCCUUACCAGAGCCAGGGAUACACAGAGUCUGGCAGCUCUCUGAACAGCUGGAUUUAUUAACAGUGUUAUCAUAAAGUGUUAGCUUCCACCAUCACAGUAUCACACUGGCCUUCAGAGCCCAAACUCUGUUUAUCUGUGACUCUGCCUCUUUCCAGUCACCUGAUCCUGACCUUGUCAUUUCUAACUGCUGCACUAGAGCCACACCAGCAGGAGCUUCACAACACAUUUAACCCAUUUUCCUGCAUACAUGAAACUACGCACUACAGAAGGUCUUGACGUGCUAAAUGUUUCCUGAAGUUCAGCUGUGAGCUGCAAAUGUAGCAUUACACUGAAGAGGGCGCUGUAGUACACUUUUAAAUGACUGCCUAGUUGCCCAGUUUGUCUGUUGCCCCGUUAAGAAUUACCUCCAACAUGAACAUUGAGUCUGAAGAAAGUAAACUGGACGUCCUCGUCAAGCACUGUGGUAACAUGACGUCAGUCUGCUAGUGAGGCUCUGGUCAGGACAGACCUGUAAAAACCGGGAUGUACAUUGAGAAACCUAUAUGGACAUAGACAGACCUGCACAGGACCUGGAGACACCUGGACAAGUCUUGGCUGACAGGAGCAAAUCUGGACAAACAUGGAUAAAACCUGAAAAGAUGGAAAAACAUGGACGUAACUGUAGAAAUAAGGACUUACCCAGGGCAAGAGGGUCGUGCCAGGACAAAUGUGGAGACCAUGACAGACCUGGAAAGAUGUGGAAAAUACAUAAGAGAUGUUGUCACAUCUGGACAAAAUGCACAGACCUGGACCAGUAGGAAAAAACCAAGACAAAUCUGGACAGACCUGUCAUGUCAUCCUGCAGUAUUUCUGUCUCCUGGUGUCCCUGUUUGGGUGUGGAGGGCAGUCCGGUCUGAAACUCAAAACAGUGACUAAUGUGUCCG